UCAACUCUAAAAACCCAACAAAAAGGAAAAAAAAAAACCUAUUUGACCCCGAAUCAUACCAAAAUUUUGAGCGUUCCCGGGAAAGUCGGAAACUAUAUAUAAAUCGACUCUUCAAUCUCCCUCACUUCUCUCUCCUCUCACUCUCUCUCCUCUCACUCUCACUCUCUCCCUCUGCUCCAAUGGCUGAGAAAGGUUAAAGGGCUAAAGGCUGCCAUUUUCGUCGCUCUAUUUGCUCAAUAGUGGGGUGACGAGUUUUCCAAUAAUGUCAAUCCUCAAUUGACUAUACCAGCAUCUCAGACAUCGGUUGAUCUGUUCCUCCUUCGAUGAAGCCGGACAAUACCCUGAAAGCUCAUUCUCUGCAGCAACAAUCAACUAGGCAGCAACAAUCAACUAGUCAAGUCCCUAUGCAGUUGCAUCAGCAAAUAUCACCUAGGCAAGUCCAGCAGAUAUCACCUAGUAGUGAGGUCCCUAUGCAGUUGCAAGAUUAUAAUGCUGUGGUAGAUUCUAGGAUGUUUCAGCAACCUUUAAUACAAAAUCAGCCGCAUAAUCAAACACCCCUGCAUCUGGUGCAGCGGUUGCGUCAGCAGCAAAUGCCCAGAGAUGUCCAGAACCAGGUGGUUGAUAUAAGUAAUCAAAGGAAGAAAGCAAGCAUCUGUGUAUUCCGGCUGAUGCAAUAUAUGAAACAUCAAAGGCGUAGACCACCUGACAAUAACAUUAACUAUUGGAGGAAAUUUGUUCGGUUGUAUUACUCUCCUUUUGCUAAGAAAAGGUGGUGCCUGUCCAUGUCCAUGACUCCUAAUGAGGGUUAUCAAGACGUUGGGAUUAAUUCUUGGAAGUGUGAACUCUGCGGAUCAAAUUCAGGGAAAGGAUUUGAGAUCUAUUGUGAAGCUCUCCCAAGAAUGUACCAGAUUUACUUCAAUAGUGCCGUCAUCAAUGAACUUUUAUAUUUAGAAGCACCUUAUGAAGUAGAGCUGCCAUCAGGAUUUAUGAUGUUAACUUUUGAAAAAGCAGUAGUAGAUAGCGUCUACAAGCAUUUUCGCGUUGUCCAUGAAGGAAAACUUUGCAUUUUGUUUACUCCAGAGUUAAAGAUAAUAUCUUGGGAGUUCUGUAUACGAUCUCAUGAGGAUCUUGUGUCACGAAGAUUCGUUGCAGAUCAGGUUAAUGAAUCGGUGAAGAGUGCUGCAAAAUGCCUGAGCAAAACCAAACUGAAAGAAAGUGAGGGAUUUCCAGAACAGGAUCUGCUAUCAGAUUGCCAUAGGAUAGUAGCCGAGGGGAAAAACCUAACAGAAAACUUGAAAUCACCUCUGAUUGAUGGCUUCGGCUUUCCCAAACAAUUUGUCCGAUGCGUGCAGAUGGUUGAGGUCCUGAAUAGCAUGAAAAAUCUGAUGAUUGACAACCAGACCAACAAUUCAAGUCCAAUUGAGACCCUGAAAAGAUAUCAUCAACAAGAUGCCAAUGAAAAAGUUAAGAGACAAAAGUGCGGAGCACAGAUACAGCAAAUACCAAAUGCUGAUAGAAGUAACUUUCAGGUGGAUAGAUGUAUGGCUCAAACACCAAAUGCUAGAGAACAACAGGUGAUGUUUAACCCCUUGAAUUAUCACCAAAACUCGAUAAUGGAGGAGCAAAGGAUAACCUUAGACUCAAAUCAAAUCUCUCAUGACAAACCAUUUUCCUCAAUGCCAUAUCAGCACUUAAACUCAUCAGAAAAUAGCUUUUUAGGUCCAUCCCCUGCGCUGAAAGACCUCAAUCUUAAGCGUCAGAUAAAUGAUAUUCUGAUGUCAAUGCAUGCUAAAAGAAUCCAAGGAAAUUGCAGCGAUGAUGGGGGAGUUGUGCUUGACCCUAUUGAAGAUGAAGAGCUUAAUACUAUUUUCGGGGAAGAAGCAAGCACAUUGAAUAGAUUGGACAAGCACAUUGAACAGAUUGGGGGUAUAUAUAUGUCAGACAAGGGUAAAAGGUGUAACCACUCAUCUAGCAGCAACUCAACUCCUAGGAUAAUCUUCACUGAUAACUGUAUGUUGAAGAAAGAUACGAAUUCCGAUGACGGCACCACCUCAGCUCCUAGUCACCAACAGGUUGAGGAACAGUAAUCAUCAUUUGAUGACAUAGCUUGUAGUCAAUAUGGAAUGAUACAAUUGUGCAAGGACUAAGAAGUAAUGUUCUUGUUUUUUUAGGAACUUCUCAGCCAACAUUGUCAGACAUUCAGAGUUCUUGGAUCCUUGUUCUGUUGGUAGUUCAAUAUGCAUGCUUUUUUUACAUGGACAAGUAUGUUUUUUUUUUUUGAAGUAUUUGCUAUUAGUUUACUGGUUUCAAACCAUUUCUCUUUUGUUUUGAGAAGUGAUAUCAGCAACAAAAUAAGAAUUUCAACUGCCAAACAUAAGGGUGCGUUCUGUUCACAUAAAUAACCCUUAACUUAUUGGACCUGAACCAAACUUAUUAGACGUGAACUGAACGUACUUAUUAUACCUAAUUGGAACUGAUUCAACUUAUUGGACCUGAUUUAAACUUAUUGACCUGAUUGAAACUUAUUAAACCUUAUUGACCUGAUUAAAACUUAUUAGACCUUAUUGGAUCUGAUUGAAACUUCUUAGACCUUAUUGGACCUGAUUGAAACUUCUUAGACCUUAUUGGAACUUAUUUGACCUUAUUAGAAAAAAAAAUUGAUGAGUUGUAACAUAAAUAUUACCUCUAAUG